AUGUGCCCCCUCCUCCCAAUUUCCCACCUCCUCCCCAUCACCCUCGGCAUCACCACCCAUCUAACAAUCUUCAUCCACGCCGACAUUGAAAAACACGCCGUCCUCAUCUUCCACACAUUCAUCCUCACCCCCAUCCUCUGCACCAUCUCCCUCUAUCUCCUCGGCUACCACGACCUCUCCCAAACCACCACCCUCGCAAUCCUCAGCCACCACACCUCCCUCCUCCUAUCCAUCGCAACCUACCGCUACUUCUUCCACCCUUUAAACGGAUUCCCCGGUCCCAAAGCCGCACGGAUCAGCGCCCUCUGGGCAUCCAAGCCCGCGGUCGUGGAUGCCAAGUGGCAUGUGCGGGUGAGACAGUUGCAUGGUGUUUGGGGGGAUGUGGUUAGGAUUAAGCCACGAGAAAUAUCAAUUAACGAUCCGGGUGCCAUCAGGGAUGUAUAUGGGGUGGGGACGACGUGCGUGAAAGGCCCGUUUUAUGAUCUGAUGUAUCCGCAUCGGUCGUUGCAGAUGGUGAGGGAUAAGGGGUAUCAUUCGAGACGGAGACGGUUGUGGGACCGGGGGUUUAGUAGCAAAGGUUUUCCGUUUAUUCUGGAACAUUGUAGGGAUUUGGCUACGCUGAUCGCGUCGAGAGGGGCACAAAAACAGGAAGCCACAGAAUUGAUUGAUGGGUUUGCGUGGGAUUCGAUGGGGACUCUGGCGUUCAGCAAGUCGUUUAAUAUGUUGCAGGGCUCGCCGCCGAAAAUGUUGAGGAUGAUGAGGAGGAUUGGUCGCGGGGCGAGUCUAUUGGUGUGUGCGUCUUGGGCGGUUAUAUUCCUGAGGAAUAUGGUGGGGGUGAGGUAUACGACGGAGAAAUGGUUGGAGUGGUGUGCGCAGGAGGUGGAGGAGAGGAAGAGGAGAAGUGGUGAACUUGAUCGUCGGGAUUUGUUCAGCUAUCUGAUUGAGGAUUCAAUAGCUGGUAGCGAGCAUACUCCGACAGGGACAGAUGGAGACCUGGUGCGGGAUACAGAGCUCGCCGUGGCCGCCGGCAGCGAUACCACCGCCAGCACCCUCAACGCUUUGAUUUAUCUCCUGGCGCAAUAUCCGGACAAACUACGGCGGUUGCGCGAGGAGAUGGACUCGGCUGUCCCAGCGGGUGAGGAUGUAUCCCAUGCUGCAUUGGUCGGGAAGCCCUAUCUGGAGGGCUGUAUCAACGAGGCCCUGCGUCUGUAUCCUGCUGUCAUGAGCGGAUUGCAGCGAGAGACCGGACCAGAAGGCCUCCGAACCGCGGGGGUCUACAUCCCUCCACAUACACUGGUGUCGGUGCCAACCUAUACGAUCCAACGAGAUCCGCGUAACUUUCACUCUCCCGACGACUUCAUCCCGGAGAGAUGGUCCAGCGAACCCGAGCUGGUGAUUCGGAAAGAAGCACUAAACCCCUUCUCGACGGGUACAUAUUCCUGUGCAGGGCGGCCCUUUGCCAUGAUGGAGAUGCGACUGUUGGUAUACGCGCUGGUGAAGCAUUUCGAGAUCGAGUUCCCACCAGGAGAAGGAAAGGAAUCCCUAGACACACUAGGAGGGACAGGGGCACAAGACUGUUUCACGACUCACAUUCCACCGUAUCAUCUGAUCUUUACGCAGAGAUAGAGGGGUAAUGCAAACUGUAACACCAUGCGCUUAUCAGUAAACCUGCGUCCUGUACGGAGUACUCCGUAGUGUCAGUAUGUCCGGAUGCGGCCAGGGGAAACACGGUUAAUGCCGAGUCCAACCAAGGAAUCAACCAAUACCGAUCAACGCCUUGAAUGAGUUCUGCGGCCUUUAUCUGCAUCGCAUCCCUGUCAUGGAGGUCAUUCCCUACACCCAUCAUGGCCGAGCAGCAGCAGCAGCAGCAGCAGCCGCCGCCGCGCGCUGGCAAACGAGGCAGCAUCAGUAUGUACGACCCCGCGCGGGACCGAUGGGAGGAGCAGCAGCAGCAGCAGCCGAUGGAUCGAAGUGAUCCACCGGUGUUGACUUUGGGGACAUCACAGGUAAGUCUCAGCCUCCGGCUAGUUUAA